AUGGCGGCCAAAAAGGGCGAGAGCGUCUGGCUCUCGGACCCGGAGGAGGGCUUUUUGCCGGCGACGCUGCUGGGCAGCCUCGACGACGCGGGCGCGUCCGUCGAGCUCCCGGACGGGUCGACGCGCGCCCUGACCGCCGACGAGCGGAGCAAAGCGCACAAGGUCGACGGCGAGAAUUUAAGGGCCUGGAGCGACAUGCUCAACUUCGGGGACCUGAGCGAGCCGCCGCUGCUGCACAACCUGCGGCUGCGCUUCGCGGAAGACGAGAUCUACACGUCCGUGGGCGACAUCCUGGUGGCGCUCAACCCCUUCCAGGCGCUGCCCAUCUACGACGGCGACCGCAUCGCGCGCUACAUGCAGGGCGGCGCGUCGAACGACGAGAAGCACGUCUUCCUCACGGCCGACGCGGCCUACGGCGAUUUGCGGCGGUCCGGCGGCGACCAGGCCGUGCUCAUCUCCGGCGAGUCCGGCGCGGGCAAGACGGAGACGAUGAAGCGCGUGCUCCAGUACCUCGCGGCCUGCAGCGCCGCCGGGCCCGCGGGUCUAGGCGCCGGGGGCCACAGCUCCCUCGAGGACCAGAUUCUGGCCACGAACCCUUUGACGGAGGCGUUCGGCAACGCGAAGACGGUGCACAACAACAACAGCAGCCGCUUCGGCAAGUGGACGGAGCUGGGCUUCGACGGCAAGGGGUCCAUCGUCGGCGCGUCCAUCACGAACUACCUGCUGGAGAAGGCGCGCGUCGCUUUCCAAUCGGACGGCGAGCGGAACUACCACGCGUUCUACCAGGUCGUCGGCGCGGGCGCGACGCCCGGCACGGAGCGCAAGUCCCUCGAGGAGUUCCGCUACCUCACGCAGUCGUCGGCGAAGACCGUCGAGGGCAUCGACGACGCGUCGGACUACGCGGACAUGGUGCGGGCCCUCGAGACGCUCAUGCCCGACGUGAAGCGGGACGUCCUCGAGGUGACGACGGCGUGCCUCCACCUCGGGUCCUGCUGCUUCGAGGCCGAGGCCACGGGCAAGGACAUCGGCGAGGCCUGCAAGGUCGUCCGCGACGGCCACUUCGACCACUUCGUGAAACUGUCGAAGUGCGACGCCGACGAGCUCGCGUCGUCGCUGGUCCAGCGGCGCCUGGGCACGGGCCGGCGGUCCGUCGUCUUCGUCAAGUUCGGCGACGUCGAGGCCGGGGCCGUGCGCGACGCCGUGGCCAAGGGCCUCUACGGCGCGCUCUUCGACAACCUGAUCACGCGAUUGAACGCGUCGCUCGCGCACUCCGGCGCGUCCAACGACGCGAAGAAGGGCCGCGCCAUCGGCGUGCUCGACAUCUUCGGCUUCGAGUGCUUCGCCGUCAACUCCUUCGAGCAGCUCUGCAUCAACUACUGCAACGAGAAGCUCCAGAACUUCUUCACGCACCACAUCUUCCACGUCGAACAGCAGGCCUACGCGAAGGAGGGCGUCGACGUCUCCGCCAUCGAGUUCGUCGACAAUUCGAACACUCUAGACACGCUGGACAAGGGCCACAAGAGCGUCUACGGCAUUUUGGACGAGGAGCUCCACGUGCCGAGGGGUUCGGACGCGGGCUUCCUCGACAAGACGAUGGCGGCGUUCGGCGGCAAGAAGUCGGACAACGUCGUGAAGCGGCCCAAGGGGAGCAAGAGCCGCGACUCCUUCGAGGUCGUCCACUUCGCGGGCACGGUGUGCUACCUGACGACGGGCUUUUUAGAAAAGAACCGCGACGAGGUGCCGCCGGACGCCGUCGAGGCGUUGACCGCUUCCAAAUCACCCUUCAUCUCCCAGCUCUUCGCCCGCGGGGGCCCGCCCGACGGCUCGCCGAAGCGCGACCGGGCGUCGUCGUCGGGGGGCAAGAAGCUGAGCCUGGGCGCGCAGUUCCGGAACCAGCUGCAUCAAUUGACGGACCGCAUGCGCGAGUGCGCGCCCCACUUCGUGCGGUGCGUCAAGACGAACAAGCCGAAGAAGCCGAGCCUCUUCGAGGGGAACCUGGUGCUGCGGCAGCUGCGCUACUCGGGGCUCCUCGAGGUCUGCCGCGUGCGCCGCGCGGGCUUCCCCUGGCGGCUGCCGCGCGACGGUUUCGUGCGGUCCUACGGCGUGCUGGCGCCGCUGCUGCGGAACACGCCGAAGAUGAGCCCCGAGGCGCUCUUCGCCGUCGUGGCGCCGAAGCUCGGCGACGGCCAGAUGGCCCUGGGGAAGACGACGAUCUUCUUGAAGUCGAAGCGGGACCUCGACGACGUGUUGGACGAGCUCUCGUCAACUUCCGGAAGCGCGUGCGCGACUUCUGCCUGA